UACGUCAUCGGUUUGUUUUGAUCGAGUUGAGAGGUUAACUUUGUGAAAGUUGUCUUAUAAAGUUACUCUGAAGUGAAUAUGUUACAGUUAGAAAAGAAAUUUUACAUGACAGUAACUCAAGAAAGCGCUCAAAGAGCCGAAGAAACAAGCGAGGAUCGAGAGCAAAGACUUGCCCAUCAGAGAGAAAUUAAAGCUGCUAAACGUAGGAGGGAAUCGACGCCAGAGCGAAUGCGAAGACUCGCUCGUCAAAGACAGUUUAUGGCUGCUAAACGACGGAACGAGUCAAUAUCCCAGCGUCUGCAAAGACUGGAAAAGCAAAGGUUACGUGAGGCGGCCAGACGUCGAAAUGAAUCUUUAUCACAGCGUCAGCAAAGACUUGAAAAGCAGAGACGACGAGCGGCCAUUAGACGUCAGAAUGAAUCGAUGGCGGAACGAAUGCGAAGACUCGAAAAGCAAAGAUGGCAAAUGAGAGUUAAACGUGCUAACGAAUCGCCAUUGGAACGCUUGCAAAGAAUUGCAAUUCAGAGACAACGACAAGCAGAAAAGCGUGCGAGAGCAUUGAAUGGAUUUCAUCAAGAAAAUACAUGUAAAAAUGAAAUGACAAUAGAUAGCAACAUUAUCAAGAAGGAUACAGGUUCAAAUUAUGUUGGAAAUGCUCAUCAGUGUGAAGAAUAUAUUACUUUGGAUCAUACUAAUACAAGAUUUUGUAUUCCAUUGCUUUCAAAGUAUGAAACAAAUUUUUCAAAGGUACUAAGAGGGCCUUUUUCCCAUUGUGGGUUCAGCCAGACUUACAAUGGAGCUGAUGAACCCCAUAAAUUUUUUUUAACACAUCAAACAAGAUAAGACAUAGUGAAAUAGUUGGAGAAAAUUUGGCUUCUGCUGUUUGAUGGAAGAAAAAAUCAAUCCAGUAUAAAUAAAUUGUCAUAACAAAAAAGAUAACAUAAAAGACUAUAUCUCAAAGGUUAUCUGCCUUUGAGAUAUAUGCAGAAAACUAUGUAAGAUGAAAAAGUUUUUAAUGUUGGACUGCAGAAUACUGGUGAGAAAGCAUGUAUUUAUAACAUUUGUGGUAAGAUUUCAUGCAUUAUGUAAUCUUAAAAUAUAUCUGAGGAUUGAUAUAGAAAAGACUAUGCAUGUGGAUAUUCAAAGUGGUGCAUUAAAAAUGCAUAAGAAACUGCACCGAGAGAAACCAUUGGUAUUUAGAAUUUGUGACAAAGCAUUUAUACUAUCAGCAUCUCUUAAAAUGCAUAAGAGAGAACUAGAGAGAAAUUAUACAAGUGUGGGCAAUGUAAUGAAGUUUUACUAGUAUAAGUGUGAUCUUACACAUUGGAAGAUAUACAAAAGAUUUACAUGACAUUUUUAAAAAUCACUCAUUCUGGUAUUCUUAUGAAAACUAACUUAAUUAAGGAAAGCUGUUUCAAUAUAACAUCUAUGAUAAGAUUAUAUUAGUUCACAAAUCUCUGAAAAAUUCAUGAAUAAAAAAAUAUCUGAAUGUGAUAUUAAUAAAUAGAUCUUUUUAACUUUAAUUCUGUGUUUAUAAAAAGACUUGUAUUUGUAUAAUAUAAGAUUUAUUCAGUUGACAGCAUAGUAAUAAAGCAAUACAUUAAAAAAGUUUAUAUAUUGUACUUCCUUGAUUAAAUCUGGGAGAGCUUUAUUUUUUGGAAAGAGAUGAUGAAUUAGAACCACAGUUUUCCUAAUUUUCUUUUGGUUGAUAAGGUUUUGACUUAUGAAUUCAAUUGUGACUUUUUAUGCUCAAUAUUUAUAACAUCAUUUCAAAAAUUGUUUCCAGGAACCUUGGAAUAGAAAGUGCUGUCAAACUCUAGAUAUUUUAAAGAGGUAGAAUUUCAAUUAAAGUCCUUACCUGUUACUCUAAACUGCAUUACCCUAUACAGUGCAAUAAUUCAUGUUUCCAAAGCUUUUCAACCCAUGAUUUAUUUUUAUUAGCAUCAUUAUUCCCCAGAGUUUAUUUGAAUCUCAGGGUUUAAUUAAGAAAGUAUGAUAUAUAAAAUUAGAGUACAUUCAUUCAAAGGUAGGAAAGGUUUAUUUUACGUAUGCAUAUUAAAAGUGAUAUAUUGAAAUACAAUGAUUACUGAAGCAGAAAAAUGAAGAAUACAUCCACACAUUUAUAUAAAUUUGUACUAUUUUAUAGAUUGUAUAGUCUGUUUAUUAAAUUUUUUUUCAAACAAAAUAAAAUAAUAGAAACUAAAUUAAAUGUUUAAAAUUUAAACUUUGAUUAAAUUAG